GAGGACAUCUCAAAUAGCCAGUCCCUUGGGUGCAUGUCCUGCCUCCUCCUUGCUCUGCUCUCCCGUGGAGACUAAAAGUGCACGGUAUCUUUGCUACCAACAUGAGGCUCGUUCUCCUGGCAUGUCUCUGGGCUUCCCUUGCAGGAGUCCUGCUGGCAGAAGAUGUAGACAGAACCAAACUUGAGAUCCGCCUGGUGGGUGGUGACAAUCAGUGCUCCGGGAGAGUCGAGGUACUUCACAAGGACAUCUGGGGGACCGUCUGUGACGACCAGUGGGAUUUACGGGAGGCAAAGGUUGUAUGCAGGCAGCUGGGCUGUGGGACGGCGCUAUCAGCCCCUCGGGAGUCUAAAUAUGGGGAAGGGAAAGGCCAGAUCUGGCUGAGUGACGUGAACUGUAAAGGGACAGAAGCGUCCCUCACCGAAUGUGAGGCGAAGCCAUGGGGAGACAACUACUGCAACCACGUGGAAGAUGCCAGUGUGGAGUGCUCAGGAACAGAAAUACCUGAGCCAGGGCCAAUCCGUCUGGUGGGAGGCCCAAACCGAUGUGCUGGGAGGGUUGAGGUGCUUCAUGAAGACCGGUGGGGCAGCGUGUGCCAUGAUGACUGGGAUCUAAAUGACGCCCAAGUCGUGUGCAAGCAACUGGGCUGUGGUGAUGCGGUGCUGGCCCCUAUUGGAGCCAAGUUUGGACGAGGAUUUGAAACCAUUUGGCUGGAUGACGUGAACUGCACAGGGGUGGAAGCUGCUCUCUCUGAGUGCCCAGCGAGACCAUGGGGGGACCACAAUUGUUACCACGGGGAAGAUGCCAGUGCAAUUUGUUCAGACUCAGGGAUCACCGUCUCCACUUCAGUCCGCCUGGUGGGUGGCCCCAGCCGCUGCUCCGGGAGAGUCGAGAUACUUCACAAUGGUGUCUGGGGGACCGUCUGUGACGACCAGUGGGAUUUACGGGAGGCAAAGGUUGUAUGCAGGCAGCUGGGCUGUGGGACGGCGCUAUCAGCCCCUCGGGAGUCUAAAUAUGGGGAAGGGAAAGGCCAGAUCUGGCUGAGUGAUGUGAACUGCACAGGGACAGAAGCGUCCCUCAUCGAAUGUGAGGCGAAGCCAUGGGGAGACAACAUCUGCAACCACGUGGAAGAUGCCAGUGUGGAGUGCUCAGAGGUGGACAUUCCUGAGGAGGGUCCGAUCCGGCUCGUGGAUGGCCCGAACAAGUGUGCUGGGAGAGUCGAGGUGCUCCACGAUAACCGGUGGGGCAGUGUGUGUGACGACCACUGGGACAUGAAGGACGCCAAGGUGGUGUGCAAGCAGGUGGGCUGCGGGUCACCACUGUCAGCUCUGGGAGGCGCCCGCUAUGGGCGAGGGUCAGACAUCAUCUGGCUGGACGAUGUUGAUUGCAACGGGACGGAAGAGAGCAUCUUUGACUGUAAGGCCAGGCCAUGGGGUGAACAUAACUGCUAUCACGGAGAGGACGCUGACGUUGUCUGUGCAGUUAACAAGAACUUGGAAGAACCAGAAGCACCAUAAGUGCCAGACUGGCCCCACUGGACCAUCCUUAUCUUGCUGCAGGCUGAGAUGGGCCAGCAAGAUUCAGCUGAGAAGGCAAAGGGCAGGGAUAUUGCAGAACCAUCUGUGUGCCAUAAUGGGAUCCAGGGUUUGGCAAAACCAUCCUCUCUCAUCCUUUGAAGGAUCUACAAACUUGGUUAUAACUGCACUGAUGGAAAACCCAGCUCAACACAUUAUCCCCACUGAAAAGCAAACAUCGCCAGGUAUCAAUAAAGUUUCCCUAAAACUGAA